GUUGGCCAGAGGUUUGGAAGCCCUAUGUUAUAGCAUGGAAACAUUUAGAAGGACAAAUUGAGAACACCUUAGCCGCUUGGCCUUGGAAACCAGAUAAAGUCAAAAUAGCAAAUUCAUACACUAACACAUUCACAGUUAAAAUGGCGCGAAAGGGAACAGCUGAUCAAAUGGAACUGAAUCCAUAUACAAAGC